GCUGCUCACGGUGAUAUAAGUAAACCAUCAGGAUCCUGUUCGUCACUGCUCGCCGGUCGUUGACAGGACAGCGGAGCCUCUUUUUCUGACGCCGCCGACAGCGCUGCUCAAUGCUCUCAGACAAGAUGAUGAUCUCCCCCUGGGACCGCUGGUUCUCCACAAGCUGCUGCCUGUGCUGCCAUGUCCGCACAGGAACCAUCAUCCUGGGGGUCUGGUACAUGCUCAUCAAUGCCGUGGUGUUACUCAUCCUGCUCACAGCUCUCAGUGAUCCUGAGCAGUACCACCUGACCAGCGCUGAGUUGGCUAACGACCUGGAUGUCAUGGAUGACGCCAACAUGUGCAUUGCCUCAGCGAUCUCUCUGCUGAUGAUUCUCAUAUGUGGGAUGGCAACCUAUGGUGCAUACAAGCUCCGUGCCGCCUGGAUCAUCCCAUUUUUUUGCUACCAGAUUUUCGACUUUGCUCUCAACACCCUGGUGGCUGUCAGCAUCGUGGUUUACCCAAACACAAUACAGGACUACCUGCAGCAGCUGCCUGAUAACUUCCCCUACAAAGAGGAGGUGGCCGCUCUCAGCAACGUGUGCUUGGUCUUCAUCGUUCUGCUCUUCAUCGGCUGCAUUCUCAGCUUCAAGGCGUACCUCAUAGCGUGUGUGUGGAACUGCUACAGAUAUGUGAGCGGCCGGGGUACAUCUGAAAUCCUGCUCUACGUUACGACCAAUGACACCACAGUGCUUCUUCCUCCAUACGACGACAGCGUCAGCGUCCCCCAGAAACAAGCUCCUCCCCCCUACACCACUGCUACGGCGUGAAAACACUCCCAGCAUUCCCUGCUGUUAAUGAGACCCCAGCAAAAUUUAUGCACCACACUGCCUCUCCAGUGUACAGUAUAUUUAUUGAUAUAUUGUUGCUACAUACACGCAUUACAGUACAACCAUAUACUGUAUACACACGUACACACACAUGCACACAACAGUACCACCACCGUGACCUCUCAGCCCUUCCUGUUAUUUACCGACAGACAUUUUUCCUUUAGCUCUUCCUGAGUUGAUUCUAUGUCUCUUAGUAUUAAUUCCAGAAAUGAUGAGCAUGUUUAUGCGUUUGAAUCUGGGUGAAAUCACACAUGAAAGCACUAGAAAGUUUCCUAAAUGAUAUAUAUAUAUUUUUAUUAAUUGUAUUUACGCCCUGUGUGUGUAGUAUCUUGUGGAUCCAUCAUGUGAUAGGCUUAUUUAUCCUAUGCACAAAUGCAAAAAAAAGAAAAAACUUGCCGCUUACAGUGACAAGAGAGGAGACGUGUUGUGUGUUUGUCUCGUCUCAGCUCGUGAUCAGGGUUAGAUUGCCUUCAUUCCUAACUUUCUCUCUGAUGGAUGUGCACUUUCCGGAGCCACGUGCAAAGUGUCACCUUGACUGGAAGUUUCCCAAAGAAAUGCGUCUGCCUGUAUUCUGACAUGAUCAAAGAGCAACCUAGUGUAUAUCGAACAUAUCACCUUCUUUUACCGUAUUCUUCAACUGCACACACACACACACACACAAAAAAAUGUCUUGUAUUAUAGAAAUCCAUUGACUUCUUGACUUGUUCCGACUAUUUAUGUCUUUUAAAUGUAAUUGUGUGUUUCUACUGAUUGAAAGGAAAUGAUGUCGCUGGGCUGCUAUUUAUUUUGACAGCACGAAAAGAAAGAAGAAGAAGAAGAAGCACUGAUCUGGAAUCAGUUUGCUCUUUCACUACGAGUUUCUCGAGGAAACCAGGAGCUCAAUAAAUAUGGACCCUGGUUGUGUUUUUUCAAUUAAGCCGAUGGGGGCUCUCUCUGGUCCGUGUAAACAUUACACAAGUCCGUUCCACCAGAUGCACUUAUUGGCAAACCUGGACACAAAAUGUCCUGCAAGCGCACAAAAAAAGUCAAACCCGAGGACUACCGCUGUAUGAAAAGUAAAGAUGUGACAUUUAUUUGUCUAUUAAAAAUCUAACUU